GGACCCCGGUUCUCCCCUAGCCUGGCCCGGGGCACGCCGGUGACCCCGUGUGUCUGCCCCGUGGCAGUACUUUCGUGGGCCGCCUGCCCUCCCCCUCAGCCCGCCCUUCUCCGCGGCUCCGCUUUCAGAGCCGGGUUUCUCACCCGCGUGGCUUCCGGCUCCUCACCCGGCACCUCUGCCGGAGGGGACCGCCUCCCGCCGCGUCAGGCAUGCUUGUCUUUCACCCCUUCCCUCUUCAGGAGAAACUGAACACGUUUUCCAGCCUAAACUCGGCAGGGCAAACCAGAACAUUCCCCGUCUAAGCAGUUCCGGGGAGUUUUAACAAUUUCCUCUUAAACUGGUCUACAGAACUCACUGUAUACUGUUUAAAUGUCGCCUGUGUGUGGAGCAACAGUUUUAUUGUGCCGUGCAAUCCUCAACAAGAAAUUGUAGUCCAGGGAGAUGAAAGUCCCUUAUUUGGCAUUCAGGCGUUGAUCAAGGCCGUGCAGCCCUCGCUAAAAGGAUUUAGGUUCAUCUCCGUCAUUCUCAGCCGGGGUGAAGGGGUGUAGUCUGACAUUUGGAAGCUUAAGAACCAAGUCUGCUGCCGUCCAAUUCUUUUUUAAAGCCUUCCAUCAUGUGUGUACUUUGCUUGAAUGAUUAUUUUAAAGUACAUGUCCUAUUUUUGCCAAUCUGACAGCUGUUUCCAUAGAAACUAGAGAAGAAAUAGUCAUUUUCAGCAAGAGUUGUUAAAACUGUCUUCCAGGCUUCAGCUGUGAGUGCCAGUGAGUGCUGCACUUGCUCAUUCUGAGAUGGUACUUAAAGAAUUAAGGAUCUGAAAUGUUCUUAGAGGCUAACAAUCCAAAUUGUUUAAUUUUCUCACAUCAUUAAUUUUGUAAUCCUAGAAGUCUGCCAGCUAUGUUUGUUGACCUGCCACAGCUCUUUGAAGAGAAUGUGUCAGCCCUGAUUUUUUUUUUCUUAUGUGCUCUGUAGUCUAGUGAUUGGCUCCUUGAAAACGCAUGAAUAGAUUUCUUCCCUCAUUCUUUACCCUUUCUUCAGGAUAAACCGGGGAUUACAAAAUAUCAGGCACUGUUUCUAUUCAAAAUGACACUUGGUUGUCAGUGAUAGAAAUGAUAAUGGUUUUAAUUAUAUAUGUGUAGUGUUGGGGCUUUUGCUUAUACCUUCUGUGUCAGUAGGAUUCUUUUAAAAUUUUUACACAAGUCAUGAGAAAUGAGAAGGAGUUUGCUUGUCAUGAGCAGAGCUAAGCAGUGUGAAUAGAUGUACAUAGACACAGAGAUGAGAGCUUUCUUUUUCUGUGGGGUGUAAGUAAAUCAGGGAGUUUGGAAUUUAGGAAUAGGUGAAGGAGGGUUGGGGAAAGUGCCUGGAGAAGUAGUAGGAGGGCCUGGUUCACCAUAUGAAGGAGUUUAUGGAAGCCAUGGAAAACCAACGAAAGUCCAGGCUUGGUGGCUCAUGACUGUAAUCCCAGCACUUCGCAAUGCAGUAUGAUCAGUUGAGCCCAGGAGUUAAAAACCAGCCUGGGCAACAUAGUGAUACACCGUGUCUACAGAAAAAAUUUAAAAAAUUAGCUGGGCUAGCCGGGUGCGGUGCCUCAGGCCUAUAAUCCCAACACUUUGGGAGACCGAGGUGAGCAGAUCACUUGAGGCCAGGAGUUUGAGACCAGCCUGGGCAACUUGGCGAAACCCCGUCUCUACUAAAAAUACAAAAAUUAGCCAGGUGUGGUAAUGCAUGCUUGUAAUCCCAGCUACUGAGGAGACUGAGGCACGAGAAUUGCUUGAACCCAAGAGGCGAGGUUGCAGUGAGCUGAGGUGGCACCACUGCACUCCAGCCUGGGCAACGACAAAGUGAGACCCUGUCUCGAAAAGAAAAGAAAAACAAUGGAAAUUACAGAAAUAGUUGCCUGAGUGGAGGUUUAAAAAAGUAAUGAUACAUCCUGUAGAAAUUUGAACUGCACAGAAAUAUAUAAGGUAAUCAAGUGAAAAAAUGAGCUUCAUCUGUGGAUUGCAGUCUGCUGCUAGAAACCAUGUUUUCUUCCGAUUUAAUUCACUGUCUAAAUGGAGAAAAUGUAACACAUUAGCACCAACCUCACAGGGCUGUCAUCAAGUACAAGUUAACCAUAUAGUAAAUAAGUAUCAGGGACUGGGAGUAAAUCAGUGUGAUAGGUGGACUUUUCUGCCUGGAAACUUUCAUUUUUAUAGGACUUUUAACAACAAAAGGACAGGAGGCCUCUCAAGUACCAAAAGUAAGGAAACUUGGAGGAUUACCAGCAAAUGUACUGUAUGGAAUGAUGCUUUGUCAAGACAGCUACUAAUAAAAGAAGUUACAGCAGUCCCUGGUCUGUCAGUAUUGCAUCCUCUAAGCCCUUCUCCCAUAAGAGCUAUUAGGAAUUUCCACACUUCUCCACGGUUUCAAGCUGCUCCGGUUCCUCUCUUGUUGAUGGUUCUUAAACCGGUACAGAAGUUAUUUGCAAUCAUUGUAGGCAGGGGCAUAAGGAAAUGGUGGCAGGCACUUCCUCCUAACAAGAAGGAGCUAUUUAAAGAAAAUAUAAGGAAGAAUAAAUGGAAGCUAUUCCUUGGUUUGAGUAGUUUUGGAUUGCUCUUUGUGGUGUUUUAUUUUACUCACCUGGAAGUAAGUCCAAUCACAGGAAGGAGCAAGCUACUAUUAUUGGGGAAAGAGCAGUUCAGACUUUUAUCAGAACUGGAAUAUGAAGCAUGGAUGGAAGAAUUUAAAAAUGAUAUGCUAACUGAGAAAGAUACCCGAUACCUGGCUGUUAAAGAAGUGCUUUGUCAUCUAAUUGAAUGCAAUAAAGAUGUUCCAGGGAUCUCUCAGAUCAAUUGGGUUAUUCAUGUGGUUGAUUCCCCAAUUAUUAAUGCCUUCGUGCUUCCAAAUGGACAAAUGUUUGUUUUCACUGGAUUUUUAAAUAGUGUAACCGAUAUUCAUCAACUUUCUUUCCUUCUGGGCCAUGAAAUAGCACAUGCAGUACUUGGGCAUGCUGCAGAAAAGGCUGGCAUGGUUCAUUUGUUGGAUUUCUUAGGUAUGAUUUUCCUCACAAUGAUUUGGGCCAUUUGUCCUCGAGAUAGCUUGGCACUUUUGUGCCAGUGGAUACAGUCUAAAUUGCAGGAGUAUAUGUUUAAUAGACCAUACAGCAGAAAAUUGGAGGCCGAAGCUGACAAAAUUGGACUACUGCUUGCUGCAAAGGCUUGUGCAGACAUAAGAGCCAGUUCAGUGUUUUGGCAGCAAAUGGAGUUUGUUGAUAGCCUGCAUGGCCAACCCAAGAUGCCAGAAUGGUUAUCUACACACCCUUCUCAUGGCAAUCGAGUUGAGCACUUGGAUAGACUUAUACCUCAGGCUCUCAAAAUUAGAGAGAUGUGUAAUUGUCCACCACUGUCUAAUCCAGACCCUCGAUUACUAUUCAAACUCAGCAUGAAGCAUUUUCUUGAAGAAUCAGAGAAAGAAGACCUAAAUAUCACGAAGAAACAGAAAAUGGAUACUCUUCCCAUUCAAAAACAGGAGCAAAUACCAUUAACAUACAUAGUUGAGAAAAGAACUGGCAGUUGAAUUAAAAUUUAUGAGACACAAGAUAUAUGAAGAAUGUUGCAGUCCUUAUCAUUUUAUGUUACUUUUUAAAAAAUGAUGUUUGAAGUGAAAAAAAGAGGAUAUUCAGGGUCAAAUCAUGUACAUUACAGAUAUUAUCUAAAUUCUUCUAGAAUUUAUUUUUCAUGAAAUAUUGAUGUAUUUUAACCUGUGUUAAAAUAUCUUCAAUGAGGAAAAUGUCACAGAAUAAAUUUAUAUUACACAUUUUA